CACCCGGCGGCUGCUUUGAUGUCGAAAGCCUUUGGCUGGGGCUCUCUGGGGCUCUCUCCCUGGCUCGCGCACUUACGAGCGCUCACUCUCUCGGGCGCUCCGUGCCUUUCCCAGCAGAAGCCUCUGGCGCUGCCGUCGCCGGUUUCUCGCCCAGGCAGGGCUGGCUGCUGCUACUUAGUCAAACUUUCCUGGGGCUGGGAGGGAGGAACGAAGCAGACACGGGAGGAGGAGGAGGAGGAGGAGGAGGUGCGGGCUGGUCGCUGCUUUGAUCCCUCCGAUUGUCUCUGUCUCCCCUCGAGUCGCCGGCAGAUUCCCUUAAAAGUAAGGAGAGAAAAGAAGAGAGGGCUGCUUUCCUCGAGGUGCGGAGAGACCAGUAGCUGUAUUUCAAAGCGUCCCUUCCUCCUCCUCCCCACGCUCGGCCUUUAAUAUAUAUCUAUAAAUCCCCCAGUCGCCUUCCCCGACCAAGAAGUUCGCUUGUUGGUGGCGUGGCUCGGGCUAGGCUGGGGUGGGGGGGAGAAGGAGAGAGAAAAUGCCCCAGCUCAACAGCGGCGGAGGCGAUGACUUGGGAGCCAAUGACGAGAUGAUCGCCUUUAAGGACGAAGGCGAGCAAGAGGAGAAGAUCCAGGCCAACGUCUUCACCGAAGGGGAUCUGGCUGACCUCAAGUCAUCGCUGGUGAAUGAGUCCGAAAGCACCGGCGGAGGGGAAGGAGGAGGAGGCGGCGGCGGCGGCGGCACCGGUAGCAGCAGCAGCAGCAGCAGCCAGACUUCUAACGCCGCGGCCACAGUGGCGACAGCAGCAGGAGCCCAUUCCGAGGCUAUCAGGCGCUUGCAGGAUCCGCAGAGGGUCUAUCAGGAGAAACUCCCGGAUCACAUGGAGGAUGGCUUAAAACAUCAGGACCCAGGGAUGUAUAAAGGAUCUUCUUACUCUGGAUACCCUUUCCUAAUGCUCUCAGAUGCUUACCUGCCAAAUGGAUCUAUGUCACCUUUGUCCAACAAGGUUCCUGUAGUGCAGCCGUCCCAUGGCGUCCAUCCACUCACCCCACUCAUCCCAUACAGCAAUGAACAUUUCAGCCAUGGCUCCCAUUCGCCACACCUGCCAGCUGACAUCAACCAGAAACAAGGUGUACACCGUCCUUCUCAAACAUCGGACAUUUCUGGUUUCUAUUCUCUCCCUCCUAGUGGAGUUGGACAGAUAACACCUUCUAUGGGAUGGCAGAGCCAGCCUGUCUGUCCUUUCCAGUCAUGUGGAUUUAGACAGCCCUAUACGUCGGCGCUCACUGCUGGGGCUUCUUUCUCUAGGAUCACACAUCCCUUAAUGCUCGGCUCUGGAAUGCACACCACAGGAAUCCCGCACCCGGGUAUCACAUCUCCCUCUGGGAAACAAGAGUUUGACCAUUACGACCGGAGCAUGAAAUCACAACCAGAACCAAAGAGAGAGAAGGAAGCCAAGAAGCCUACCAUCAAGAAGCCUCUGAAUGCUUUCAUGCUGUAUAUGAAAGAGAUGCGGGGGACAGUCAUUGCUGAGUGCACCUUGAAAGAAAGUGCAGCCAUUAAUCAGAUAUUAGGAAGGCGGUGGCACGCGCUGUCACGGGAGGAACAAGCCAAGUACUAUGAACUGGCCCGCAAGGAAAGGCAGCUCCACAUGCAGCUCUACCCCGGCUGGUCUGCAAGAGAUAACUACUCUUCUUCAGGCUCUUCAUCCCGUGAUCACACAAAGUUUAACUCAGGGCCCCUGGAAUUCAGCAGCACCUCGGGGCCGGUUUCUGCGGCAAGGGGGAAAAAGAAAAGACGAACAAGAGAAAAACAGCAAGACUCCAACUCAGAUCCUGCUUCUCCUAAGAAAUGCAGAGCUCGCUUUGGUCUCAACCAACAAAUGGACUGGUGUGGACCGUGCAGGAGGAAAAAGAAGUGCAUUCGGUACCUACAAGGAGAAGGACGCUGUGCCAGCCCAGUUUCUUCCGAUGGAAGUGCUAUAGAUUCCCCUCCCUCCCCCUUGGAUGUGCUGCAGUGCAUAUCCACUGCUUUUACUUCAGACAAGCUUGCUGCCCCUGCCGAUUUCACACACCAAAACCAAGCCAGUCCUUUCCCUGCAUCUACGUGUAUCAAAACUGCUACAAGCACAUCAGGACUCACUUCUAAAUGCUCAGCAGUGUCUCACACAUCUGUAGCACCCAGCGAACCCUCAGGGUACAGUGUCGUAUCAAUAGGAACGUAGUACUCAUGCAGCAGUGAACAGCAAGGCCGGCAAAUUCAUCAGGCACUUUGAUGAGUGGUUUCACUACCUGUGGAAGCUGCCAGAGACAAGCCUAGCCUUCCCUACCAUGCCAUCAAAUGGCAAUCUCAAAAGUCAGGAGAAAGCUGUCAAUAAUUGGAAAACAUCGGAGCACUGAAAGUGCUUUUUAUAAUGUAAGUAAGGACACACAGUGUCUCUCUUCAGAAGUAGGAACAAGGACAUAAAACUUUGUUCUGGUCAGUAACUUGAGAAUUUCUUUGUCUACCAAACCAGCUAAAACUGAAAUAGGACACCCAGAUUUUUAAAAGUAGCUAGGAGGUGCUAAAUGUUAGGCAUUCUUUUUUUUCUUACCGUUCAAAGAUUUGCAUUUCAAUCAUAGUCCUCUUGUAGAUAUGACACAGGUAUGCCAAAGCAGCUGAAAGAACAGUGUGGUUUUGUUUUACACAAGCCUAGUUGCUUGAUAGGGGCAGUGUAAAGUAGCUGACCUGUCUGGCAUGAGAAUAUACGGAAUAAAUUAUUAUGCAUCACUGGCUCCUUUAAAGUUUUAACUGUCAAGUAUUAUUUUCUUGUCACUAGCUUUAAACAAUAAGUUACAACUCUUUAUUACCCCAUUUCCAUUCACUAUAUAUACACUCUGGAAAACAGGGAUCUUUCUGCAGGGUUUUUAGUUUUGUUUCUGUACAAACUUAGUGUGCAUUUAUUAUGGCCAUGCUUUGCUUUUAUCACAGGCAUCUUUCACUUUCUAAACAAUAAUGUUGUAUUUUUGAACAUCUCCCUAACAGCAUAUUGUAGCUUUUGUAAAUUACAGCAAUGGAUUGCAGCUGCAAAAAAAGGCAUUCUACUGCAUUCCAAACAAAAAACAAAAAUAUUUUCUGCUAUGACACUCAGCUCUUCAAUGUGCAUUAAUUACGUAAAAUUUAUAAAUGCUUAUUUUGCAUGAUUUAUUCUGUAUCUGUUAGUUAUUGGGACAGGCCAGGGUGUGAUAAAAGGCACUGAAAAACUAGACACAUACAGCAUCACUAUAAAUUUUACUAAGCACAUUUUUGGUCUUCCAAAAGCUUACCCAGACUAAGCCACCAUUGUUAAGCCUUUGCUGACAGCCAUUAAGGACUAGAAAAGUAUGCAGGGAUCCUGAUGUUGCUGAAUUUUCUCACUCUGUACUAAACACUGUUACACAGAUCAUGGAAUAUAUUGCAAAUUUAGCAACGCAAGCCCUGCUUGUUAGAAAUAGUAUGCGAUACAAUUUCUGUCAGAGAGCCAUAAAACCUAAGCCUAGUCCCAUUCCAUUAGUUGCUCAAACAUCUCACCCUAUUGUGCAAUCUUUAUUUU